GCCUCACCCCUUUGUCCAUUGUCUGGGCUGAGGAGGGUGGCCAACUCCUCUCGUGUAAGUGUAUGUUUGAGUGAGAGGGAACGGGGGCAGUGGACAGACCAGAUCAUGUUAGAGAGGCAUAAUAAGUCAUAUUAGGCAGGGAAGUCAUAAAAGGCAUAAAAGGAGGAAAUUGCAGGGAGACAAAGCUUGAAAAUUGAGUUUGGCAAGAUUCAGAGAUCUGUGUGAAGUGGAUUUUGGAAGGAAAGCAGUGAGCCCAAAGGAGGAGGAGGAGGAAGAGGGGGUGGGGUGGGGGGGUCUGAGGUGUGCAGGGACAAAGAGAACCUGGUAUUGAGUCUCAGUCAGUGCUGGUCAUGACCACAGCUCCAUGCCGAUAGCUACGAGAAGGGAGCAGACCGAGUGAGGAGCCGUCAAGGGACACAGGAUGGUGAGGUGUUGGAAACAUUCAGACAGCCGUUUGGAGGAAGCACAGUGCACGGAUGGGGGCUCUGCUGCGUCCUCCCAGUCCCACUUUCCACACAAGGCAUUCUGGGUCAGCCUCUCAGCCUCUCUGCUCCUGGUCAUCAUUGCUCUCGGUUUGACGGGGCACCUAGGGCUGUCUCAACCUCACUCUCAGUCUUCGCAGACUGUAAGAAUCAUAGUUCCAGACCAGACUGGAGUUCUGAUCAACCAGUCAGCCGUCGUGGACCAUCAGAACGACCUGGUGACCUUUUCUGUGACCUCACUGGCCAAUCAGACGUCCACCGUGCUCUUCGAUACCAAACAUGGUUUGAUAUGUUACAAACCUGUGAACGAGGAGAGCUGCUUCCUGCGAAAGAUGGACAGGUCUGACUAUGACAACGUGCACUCCCUCCUCCACGAGUCAACACGCGAGAGUCAGUUCCAGCUGUCUGGGAAUGAGACCCGAAGGCAGACAGAGUUCCUGGAAGUGCUGGCAGCCAGUCAGGUGGAUGUAGCCACGCUGGAGGAGCCUCUCCAAGCUCUGUGUCAGGACAGGUCCGUCCACUGGACCAGGAGGGCUGAGGGUGAGGACCACCAGACUUCAACAUCAAAUGUCAUGUAAAAAGGAAAAAAAAAGCUUUUACAAAUUCAAAGACAAGGUUUGGGCAUGGGCAUUGUAGGUUAUUUUCACUCAAUCCCACAUACACCGUCCAGCUGCCAUAAAAUAUGUAUUAAUCCGCCAUUUAAAACAGUCCCCAAAAAAUGCACUAUUUACUCCUGUUUGACUGAUGUUUGCUAAAAGCUGUUUCUUUAGCCUUAAAAGAAUAAAAAAAGUUCCGACUUGCUUUAAAACAAAUUAUGUGUUCGGUAGAAACUACUGUCUGAGGCUUUAGGCUCAGACAGGGCAGAGAAGUCAUAAAGUAUUUAGAGAUGAAUUUACAACUUUUUGGUUUUGGUUUUCUCUGUAUUUGGACAAUAAUAAAGAAUAAUGGCAGCCAUAUAUUUUAAAUUCUGGUCAACAAGUAAAACAGAUGUGGUUUUAGCUUAACCACUGAUUUCUGAAUGGGUUUCAGUAGUAGUGUAAUUUCCCC